CGCGCGGGCUUGUGGGAGCGGUAGGCGGGCGCGUCCCCAGCGCCGCGUGCGCCCCGGGCGGGCCGUAGCCGCGGGCCCGGCGGACGCGUCGGCGGCGGACGGGGCGCGCGGCCGCGGCGGGAGCCGGUCCCGGGCAGCGCGGCCGCCUGCGGACCCGAGCUGCGGGGCGAGUGGGCAGAGGCCGCGUCGCCCGGCCCAGGGACUGUGGAGGUGCCCGCCGCCGGCCGGAUGUAACCAGGGACCGCCAUGGGGAGCUCUGCCUCCUCGCUGGCCGCUGAGACCAAGUCAGAGCACGGCUUUUUGGGGGGCCCACCCUGCCCAGGGCCCCCUGCAGCAGCAGGUUGGUGCAGGGGCAGCUCUGGGGGUUCUGUCUGGGCAGGCGCCCUGGUCACCCGGCCCCAAGCCCGGAGCCCCACGCUCUCUCCCGGGCCUAUGGCCGCCGCCGAGGAGUGGGCCUGCACCCGCUGCACCUUCCUGAACAAGGCCGGCCGGCGCCAGUGCUCCAUGUGUGAGGCGCCCCGUCAGCGGCUGGACCUCGACCGGAUCCUGCGCCUCAGUGUGGAGGAGCAGAAGCGGCCCUGCGCCCGCUGCACCUUCCGGAACUUCCUGGGCAGGGAGGCCUGCGAGGCCUGUGGGUUCACCCCAGACCCCGGGCCCGGCCCGGCCCUGCUGCCCACUGCCAACGGGGUCCUGCCCCUGUCGGAGCCCGAGGGCAGUGGCCCAGAGGGGGCGGCCGCGGAGCCUGGCUGCGGCUGGGCCUGCCCACGCUGCACACUGCACAACACGUCUGUGGCCGGCUCCUGCUCCGCCUGUGGGGGCCCCCGCCGCCUCUCGCUGCCCAGGAUCCCUCCCGAGGCGCUGGUGGUCCCUGAGGUCGUGGCCCCCGCCGGCUUCCACGGCACCCCGGGCCCACCUGGGGAGGGGACUGAGGCCGACCCACCCGCCGCCGACCAGGAGCCCUCCCGUGGGCCGCCCCUCAGCCCCUUCAUGCCCGCCCCGCAGAACCACCCUGUGCCCUGCAGCCGCCGCGAGGUGCCCCCCCAGCCGCAGCCCCUGGCGCCUGAGGGCCCGCCGCCCCCACCGGGCUCCAGGGGGUCCCCCCAGGGCCCGGGCUGGGCCGCGGCCGGGCCCUCCCGCCUGGCUGAGCUGCUGAGCGGCAAGCGCCUGGGCGUGCUGGAGGAGGCCGCGGGCUCCGCGCCGAGCAGCGACCUCAUCGACCUGGCUGGCGACUCGGUCCGCUACACACCUGCCCAGCCCUCCAGCCCCGACUUCACCAGCUGGCCCUGCGCCAAGUGCACGCUGCGGAACCCCACGGCAGCCCCCAGGUGCUCGGCGUGUGGCUGCUCCAAGCUGCACGGUUUCCAGGAGCACGGCUGCCCACCCCUCCGCUGCCCCGACUGUGGCGCCGACUCCCCCGGGCCCUGCAGGGGCUGCACUCGGGGCCCCUCGGCCUGCAAGUCCGCCCGCCUCCUCCCGACCACGCCACCCGAGCCCCCGGGCCAGUGGGCCUGCCCGGCCUGCACGCUGCUCAAUGAGCCCCGGGCCCGGCACUGCGCCGCCUGCCACACGCCCCAGGCCCCAGCGGCCCGGCCCCGGGACGCGGCCCCACUGCGGCGCAGGGAGAGCGUGCUCGUGGAGACGCGGCGGCGGACAGACGAGGGCGAGGCCAAGGCCCUCUGGGAGAACAUCGUGGCUUUCUGCCGGGAGAACAACGUGAACUUCGUGGACGACAGCUUCCCCCCCGGGCCCGCAUCUGUGGGCUUCCCCGAGGGUGACAGCGUGCAGCAGCGCGUGAAGCAGUGGCUGCGGCCGCACGAGAUCAACUGCUCCGUCUUCAGGGACCACGCCGUCCAGUGGUCUGUGUUCCGGACCCUCCGGCCCUCGGACAUCCUGCAGGGGCUCCUGGGCAACUGCUGGUUCCUGAGCGCGCUGGCCGUGCUGGCUGAGCGCCCCGACCUGGUGGAGCGGGUGCUGGUGACGCGCAGCCUGUGCCCCGAGGGGGCCUACCAGGUGCGGCUGUGCAAGGACGGCACGUGGACCACGGUGCUGGUGGACGACAUGCUGCCGUGCGACGAGGGCGGCUUCCUCCUCUUCUCGCAGGCGCAGCGCAAGCAGCUCUGGGUGGCCCUCAUCGAGAAGGCGCUGGCCAAGCUGCACGGCUCGUACUUCGCCCUCCAGGCCGGCCGGGCCAUCGAGGGGCUGGCCACGCUCACGGGAGCCCCCUGCGAGAGCCUCGUGCUGCAGGUCAGCUCCGCCAACCCCCGCGAGGAGCCUGUCGACGCCGACCUCAUCUGGGCCACGAUGCUGAGCUCCAAGGAGGCCGGCUUCCUCAUGGGCGCCUCCUGCGGCGGCGGCAACAUGAAGGUGGACGACGCCGUCUACGAGAGCCUGGGCCUGCGCCCCCGCCACGCCUACUCCAUCCUGGACGUGCGCGAUGUCCAGGGCUGCAGGCUCCUGCGGCUCCGGAACCCGUGGGGACGCUUCUCCUGGAACGGCAGCUGGUCGGACGAGUGGCCGCACUGGCCGGGCCGCCUGCGUGGGGAGCUCCUGCCGCACGGGAGCAGCGAGGGCGUCUUCUGGAUGGAGUACGGCGACUUCAUCAGGUACUUCGACUCCGUGGACGUCUGUAAGGUGCACGCGGACUGGCAGGAGGUGCGGGUGCAGGGCACCUUCCCCCGCUCGGCCCGCGGGCCCGUGGGCGUCACCGCGCUGACCGUGCUGGAGCGUGCCGCCCUCGAGUUCGCGCUCUUCCAGGAGGGCAGCAGGCGCUCGGACGUGGGGGACAGCCACCUGCUGGACCUGUGCAUCCUGGUGUUUCGUGCCGCCUUCGGCAGCGCCGGCCGCCUGCGCCUGGGCCGUCUGCUGGCACACAGCAAACGCGCCGUGAAGAAGUUCGUCAGCUGCGACGUGAUGCUGGAGCCCGGCGAGUACGCCGUCGUCUGCUGCGCCUUCAACCACUGGGGCGCCGGCCCGCCUCCCCAGGCCUCCAGCUCUGCGACGGCGGCACCGCCCGGGCACGUGCUGGCCGUGUACAGCUCGCGCCUUGUCAUGGUGGAGCCGCUGGAGGCCCAGCCCACCACGCUGGCCGAUGCCAUCAUCCUGCUCACCGAGAGCCGGGGCGAGCGGCACGAGGGCCGCGAGGGCAUGACCUGCUACUACCUGACGCACGGCUGGGCCGGGCUCAUCGUGGUCGUGGAGAACCGGCACCCGUGCGCCUUCCUGCACGUGCAGUGCGACUGCACCGACAGCUUCAACGUGGUGUCCACGCGCGGGAGCCUGCGCACCCAGGACAGUGUGCCACCGCUGCACAGGCAGGUCCUGGUGAUCCUGUCCCAGCUGGAGGGCAAUGCCGGCUUCUCCAUCACGCACCGCCUGGCCCACCGCAAGGCUGCCCAGGCCCCCCUCAGCGACUGGACGGCCGCCAGGGGCACCCACUGCCCCCCACUCACCCCCGAGGUCGCCGGCCUGCACGGGCCCCGGCCGCUGUGAGCCGCCUGCCGAGGGUCCACUCCCCUCAGGACAGGGCCAGGGUACAAUCGACCCCUGCCCCGCGCACUUUAGGAGGGAGACCCCCGGCCAGGGACACUUGAACCAGAAUCUCAGGACCCUGUCCAGCGAGCCCCCGCCCCUGUAGACCCCUGCCCGGCUGGGGCCACCCGGCCACAAAGCAAAAUACCUCGAAGCCCACCACCAGCUGGGGAGCCGGCCAGCCUCUGGGGGCACUGGCGGCUGGGAUCUCGCCCUGGUGAGGCAGCCGGGAACGGGGUUCACAAACCAAAUCUCCAACCCCAGGGCUGCCCCAGGGUGAGGGCUGGGACCAGCCCCUCUGUUGGGGGCACAGGAUCAGGCUUCAGGGUCUCAAGUGGGGGCAUCGGGCUGUGGGCUGAGCACAAGGCCUUAGUCCAGGCCAGCGAGGACCCCCAGCCACCUUGGCGUCCGAGCAGCACAGCGUCCGCACCCCAGAAAACAGGUUCGGGUGACCACGGGUGGGGAGGGGCCUCCUUCAGGUCUCCCUGCUCCUGGCGACACUAUGCAAACCCCGGGCACUGCCCGGAUAGAAGCCAUGCCAGGCCAGGCUUGGAGCAGCCGCGGGGCCUGCUGGGGGGCCGAGGCUGCAGCCCCCGCCCGCUGCCCCCCAGCCUCAGCAGGGAGCUCAGGAUGCCUGGCCCGUCCCCCCAGUGCAGCUGGACGUCCGGCCCGGGCAGCACCUGCAUCCUCCUGGGGCUCGUGGGGUUUUUACAUCUUGAGAAACACCACACUGCCCUUUGGGCCUCCUUUUUAUUUCGUUCUUUUACUCUGAGCUGUGAAUAUUUUUAACCUUGUAAAUACACCGGCUCUUCCAACACAGAGACUAUUUUAUCAAUUGUCAAUUCCAGUUCUGUACAGUUCGGAUUCUCAAGGGUGGUUUCCAGAUUCAGGCUCUGACGGACCAAAUAAAAAAUUUUGUUUUUUAACAA